AUGCUUGAAGCUGAAUUUAAUGCUUCAAAAACAGUAAUUGAAAAAAGAAAGCACCUAUCCUUCAGCUCUAUACCAGAUCCCAGAUUCUCUAGUUUUAAAGAAAAAUGUCAUCAAGAUUUACUUGCAAUCACUAAGCAUACACUUUUUUAUAACUAUAAUAGAACUUGUAAAAAAUAUAAUCAUAGCUUACAAAAGCACUUAUGCAUAGUACAUUUGAUAUGUGCUUCUACUUUACAAAUGUUUAUAAAACAAGUAUCUGAUGAAACAUCUAUUGAUCUUGUAAAUAACUUAUACAAGCUUGUUACAAAAUGCUUUAAUAAGAUAGUAGGUCAAGCAGAACUUACAAGUCUACAAGAAUAUAAGAAUUAUUAUAAAAACUUUCCAGAAAACUUUAAUAAAUCUGAUGAUAAUUCUGACUCUGCUGAUGCUAAGAAUGACCAAAAUAUAGUUGAUAAAUGUUCAAAGGAGACAGCACUAAACUAUGAGCUAUAUAAAAAAGCAAAACAUAAUUCUGUUCUUAUAAAAGCUUAUCAUAUUGACUAUUCUGUUUCUGAAUAUAAUAUAAAUAUUCAGUAUGAUCUUUUUAAUGAUGGUGACUUUGAUACUUCUACUUCUGAAAACAUUACUAUGUUUAAUCCAGCUACUAUUAUUCGAUUAGGGCUAAAAGAUAUUAAAAUAAUUAAUACUAUUAUGAAUACUUUGUGA